ACAAAACCCCUUGGACCCGGACUCUCUCUCGUCUCCUACAUUCUUUUUGUAUUGUACAAAUUUUGCAGCGAGGCUUGCGGCAAGUUCAUCUCCCUCGGCCAAACAAGGCCGGAGACGACGACCGGACCCCGACAUCUCUGAUGUCCCUCCACCCAACCGAAGAAAACCUCUCCGUCAGACCUGAUAAUGGGCCCCAACCCCCAUCAACUCCAUCCUCCACGGCAACAACGACGACAACAGUUGCCGGACGAGCUGCUGUCUCCACGUGUCAUCAAGCUACUUCCCACUUCCUCCCUCCCUUUCCCAAUGGAAUCUAGCUGCCUGCUACUGCGAGCGAGACCAAAGAAGAGAAAGUGAUGCGGGGACGGUUGAAAAACAAAGAGGACAAAGAGAACACGGAAGAGAGUUUGACCCACUCGUCGUCUCAGUCAAGUCAGCCGGCCAGGCGGCUCAGCGUGCAAGACCGGAUCAACUUGUUUGAGAACAACCAGACUAGAAGGAACAAGGUAAGGUCGGGGUUGUUGGGAACCCAGCUGAGCUUCGGAGGCUGUCGCCGGACGCAACGUUGUUGAAAAGGCAAUGGAGUGGUGCCAGCGACCUAUGCAUCCAUUCCAGUAAUGAUAAGAAGGAAACCCAGAGUGCUACUUCUGCAUCAACUUCUUUGAAAUCUCAGUCCCAGUCCAGUGCGUUACCCAUUUUACAUGAGGAUAAGGACGCUGGGGGGAUCGAGCGACACGGCAAGGCUGUCUUCUCCGGAGGACUUUGGAGUGAAAGAUACUGCUACUACUCGGGCCUUGGUUGGAGGUUUUUCCGGCAAAGAAGAGAUUGUUGGGUUAAAGGAUUCUAACACCCGGUUGAAAGAAGUUUUCUUUGGAACGUCAGAGGAGGCUACUUCCCGUCCUCAUUUGAAGGCCCUCUACGAUAGAGCAGAGACUGCUGGGUUCAUUCAUACCAGGUUAAAUUGAAGGCCCUCUACGAGGAUUCUGAUUUGAAUGAUCGAGCAGUUCGCCACAGAACCUGUUCUGAACCUCUUCGGUUGUAGUAGAUCGUGCUGGAAUAAAAUAUCAACUAGAUUUGCAGACCCAAUUCGGAGGUCCUUCACCAAGGGCAGAGGAUGGUCAGAAAGACAGGGUUACAUCUCAUGGCAAUUCUGGAGUUUGUGUCAGUGCAUUGAAUGGUGUUGAGUUAUGUGAUCAGCCGGCUUCUCAGGCAUUGACCACGACCGCCUCCAGUACGACAGUAGAUGUUAAGUUGAACUUAAUAGAUUCAUCAAUUCCUAAGCUUAAGUUGAUGAUGCAAAUUCCGGAGGUUUUCCAACAAAACUGGAGGAUUCUGGUUUCCAGGGUAUAAAGUUGCAGAGACAGAGUUCUGCAACCAAGAAGGGCAAGAAAUUGGAGGGUAAACAAGGUGGCAGAAUCCCUUCCAAUAGAGGUGCUGAGCUACUUGUUCUUGGAAGGAGGAUCAUGAGAAGUCCAGAGAUGUCUGGUUUGGUAAUAACCCCAGUUGAACAGAGUCAGAAAUUAAGGCAGUUCAAAGGUAAUCAGGAACUUAAUGACGAGCUACAAAUGAAGGCAAAUGAGUUGGAGAAACUUUUUGCAGCACAUAAGCUUCGGAUUUCUGGAGAUCAAUCAGUCAUUGCACAUAGAAGUAAGGUUGCUGACAUGCAAGUUGAGCAGAUGCCAAGUGCCAUAUAUGGGAAAUCUGCAGAGUUAACUCCUGUAUACUUACCUGAGAAAAAUCCAUUACCAGAACCAUUUUUGAGUACAAGCAACAAGGAAGAAUUCGAUCAACCAUCAUUAACGAAAAUGGUUGAUAGUCAUAUCUAUGGUAAACCUGUAAAGCACAGCAUCACUGAGCUUGGUUUGUCAGAGGAUACCAGAGGGAAAUAUUAUGAUAGGUAUAUGCAGAAAAGGGAUGCUAAACUGCGGGAAGAAUGGGGCUCAAAAAGGGCUCAGAAGGAGGCCAAGAUGAAAGCUAUGCAGGACAGUCUUGAACGUUGUAGAGCUGAGAUGAAGGCCAUAUUUGCAGGAUCUUCUGACAGACAGGUCUUAGACCUUCAUGGUCAUCAACGUGCGGUGCUGCUGAGAUCUUUCACUGUUUGCUCAACCACAAAACACACAGAGCAGCACCUAAUAGAAUCCUUCAAGAGUGAGGAGGAUGAGGAUCUAUCUGAAUUUCCUGAACAGUCUCAGUAUGAACAAGAUGCAUCCUUAAGUUAUAUGUCUGUGGGGGAUGGGUCUUCAAGAAGUGCCCUAUCUAAGAAGCUAUUACACAGUAAGAGCUUGUCUUCCUCUACUCCUCAAACCUCAGUGGCACCAGUUCCACGAUCAUCAAUCAAAAGGUCCAACUCCAGCACUGGUAAGAGACAAACUCAACCAGAUAAUUCCCUUGCACAGUCAGUUCCAAACUUUUCUGACUUAAGAAAGGAAAACACAAAGCCCUCAUCAGGGAUCAGCAAGACAACAAACCGCUCACAGCUCAGCAGCUAUGCCCGCAGCAAGAGUACUGGUAAGGAGUUGGCCCUUCCCAAAGAGUAUAAGACCCAGAGGUCUCUUAAGUCUAAUGGUGUUCUAACACCACUAAGAUUUUCUAAAGAGCUAACUAACCAGAGCAUCUAUGGCAAUAUUUCCAAGAAUGGUGGGUCUAAGCCAUUCCUCAGGAAGGGCAAUGGUAUAGGUCCUGGUGCUGGAGCUGGUAUUGUGAAGAUGAAAUCGUCAAUGGCAUCAGAUAACUUGAAAAAUGAACAAUCUCAUGACAUGACCAACCUAGCAGAAGAUUCUGUGGACUUGGUUAAAGCUGAAAAGGAAGAGGGAGAUUUUGGAGCAGUGACUGGUGACAAAAUUAGGAAGGUUAUUGAUUUUCCUGCUGAUUCAAAUAAUGAAAAACGAACACUUAGCGAGGAGUCAGAAAAUUCUGUAGAACCUCAGUCUGACAAUGGUGACUCCCAACUCCACCCUAACUUAGUGGCUGAAGUGGCUACUGCCACGACUAUCACAUUUCACAGCUCUGUAGAACCUUUGCAAGACUCACCAGGAGAAAGUCCUGCAUCAUGGAACUCACACAUGCAUCACCUAUUUUGUUAUACAAGUGAGGUUUUGGAUGUGAAUGCAUCUGUUGACUCUUCAGUGGGGAGCCCUGCAUUGUGCAACUCUCACUCUCUUACUCAGGUGGAGUCUGAUGCAUCUCAGAUGAGGAAGAAAUGGAGCAAUGCUCAGAAACCAAUUCUUUUACCUAAUGCUGCACAUCAUCCAUCUCACAAGGGUGUCACAAAAGGUUUUAAGAGAUUAUUGAAGUUUGGUAGGAAAAGUCAGGGAACAGAGAGUAUGGUGGACUGGGUUUCUGCAACAACUUCUGAAGGAGAUGAUGAUACUGAAGAUGGCAGGGAUCCAGCAAAUCAGUCGUCAGAGGAUUCAAGAAAGUCAAGAAUGGGGUUUUCACAGGGUUACUCUUCUUAUGAUGGCUUGAAUGAUGGUGAACUGUUCAAUGAACAAGUUCAAGCAUUAUGUAGUUCAAUCCCUGCAUCCCAAGAAAAGUUCAAGCCAAAGGACGUUCAUUUGUCUGGGAGCUCUCUGAAAGCUCCUCGAUCUUUUUUCUCAUUCUCAUCUUUUCGAAGCAAGGGGAGUGAAUCAAAACCCAGAUGUUGACCACCGUGCAAAGAUGAAACUCAGGGCUAUAAAGUCUAUAGGUGAUCAGCUGGCAUCCCUUUGCUAUCCUGGUUUACUUACUGUACAGACCUCGCCCUCGACCACAGGGGACAAGGAUCAAAGUUUAGUAAUGUAUUGGCCCAUAUCGAUCGAUACGUAUUUUGUUGGUGACCCACCAAUACGCGGAAUACAUGAAGUUUUGGGGUAAGAGUAAAACCUCUUUCAAGGGGUAGCCAGGCCUUAUACUGAUCCCCUUGAACCUGUGUGUGAUGUUAAAGUCUGAUGCACUCUGUCCAGCAUAUUGGGCUGGAUCAAUAUUUUAAACCUUGACAGGGGCUACAAUCUACAGGCUGAAACUGCAUUACCAUACCCGAAGUGUGUAAAUAGUGAUGAUACUUGAAUCUUUCUAUUUCCAAGUUUAGCUCUGUUCUGAUUAUAUGAUGUAAGGGUUUCAUUUUUGCUGAAUUUGAAUGAAUAUUUUAAAGCUUGUAUGGUGGCAUGAA